GAGCCUGUAGAGUUAAGAUGGCGGCAUGUGGGUGAGGAGGCUGUAGAGCAAAGCUCCGGUUUUCUUUCGUUAUAAGGACUUAUAUGAAACCACAAAGUUGUAGUUACCUGGAAAAUAAUAUUCCCCCCAUACUACAUACAUUUUCGUCUUAUUUGGAUUGAAAUAAUGACGUCUAUACACUUCGUGGUUCACCCGUUGCCCGGGACCGAGGACCAGCUCAAUGACAGGCUCCGGGAAGUCUCUGAGAAACUCAACAAAUACAAUUACAACAGCCACCCCCACCUCAGUCUUCUUGAGCAGGCCACAUUGAAACAAUGUGUGGUUGGACCAAACCAUGCUGGUUUUCUCCUUGAGGAUGGGCGUGUGUGUCGGAUAGGUUUUGCUGUCCAGCCAGACCGCCUGGAGCUGGGGAAGGCAGACGGCACAGAGGGUUCAAAGUUGAGCAGUGGGUCAGGGGCAGGAAGGAGCUCCAGGCCAGGCAGGACUAGUGAUCCGCCCUGGUUCCUGCCUGGUUCAGACACUUUGGGCAGACUGGCAGGCAACACCCUUGGGAGUCGCUGGAGCUCCGGGGUGAAUGGCGGCGGCAGUGGGGGCGGCGGCAGCAGUGGGGGGCGGGCGGGCGGGGGCGGUGGAAGCAGUGGCGCCGGAGGAGGAGGCGGCGGUGGGGGAGGAGGAGGAGGAGGAGGAGGAGGCUCGUCCGGCCGCUCCUCCACGGCAGCGAGGGAUUCGCGCCGGCAGACGCGCGUCAUCCGCACCGGCCGAGACCGCGGCUCUGGCCUCCUGGGCAGCCAGCCCCAGCCUGUCAUCCCGGCCUCGGUCAUCCCUGAGGAGCUCAUCUCUCAGGCCCAGGUGGUUCUGCAGGGGAAGUCGCGCAGCGUGAUCAUCCGAGAGCUGCAGCGCACCAACCUGGACGUGAACCUGGCCGUCAACAACCUGCUGAGCCGCGAUGAUGAGGAUGGGGACGACGGGGACGACACGGCUAGCGAGUCCUACCUGCCCGGAGAAGACCUCAUGUCUCUGCUGGAUGCGGACAUCCACUCGGCUCACCCCAGCGUCAUCAUUGACGCAGACGCCAUGUUCUCUGAGGACAUCAGCUACUUUGGCUACCCCUCCUUCCGCCGAUCCUCCCUGUCACGCCUCAGCUCCUCUCGAGUUCUCCUUCUCCCCUUAGAGCGCUGACUCGAGCUGUUGGGGGCGCUGAAGUCGGUGCUCGGCUUACGCUGGCGCCGCUGGCUGGACGGGCGAUCCGCCGACGCCGAGCUCUCCACCAGCCGCGAGGGCGAGCCCAGCCUGGACAAGAAGAGCGCGCCGCUGCAGAGCCCCGUCUCCCUCAGCGAGGAGCUCCAGUGGUGGCCAGACAAGGAUGGCACGAGGUUUGUGUGCAUUGCGGCCUUGUACUCUGAGCUAGUAGCAGUGAGCUCAAAGGGAGAGCUCUAUCAGUGGAAGUGGAGUGACCCUGAACCCUACCGAAGCGCACAGAAUCCCUCAAUCCAUCACCCGCGGGUGUCCUCCUUGGGCUUGACCAACGAGAAGAUCACACUUCUGUCCGCCACCAGUAUCAGAGCUACUGUAGCUACUGAGACCAACAAGGUGGCGACGUGGGUGGAUGACUCCCUGAGCACAGUGGCCUCCAAGCUGGAGCACGGAGCGCAGAGCUUCCCAGAGCUGCAGGGCGAGCGCAUCGUCUCGCUGCACUGCUGCGCCCUCUACACCUGCGCCCAGCUGGAGAACAGCCUCUACUGGUGGGGUGUGGUGCCGUUUAGUCAGCGGAAGAAGAUGCUGGAGAAGGCUCGAGCCAAGAACAAGAAGCCAAAGUCCAGUGCUGGCAUCUCGUCCAUACCCAACAUCACCGUGGGAACCCAGGUGUGUCUGAGGAAUAACCCUCUGUACCAUGCUGGAGCGGUGGCCUUCUCUGUCAACGCCGGCAUCCCUAAGGUGGGCGUUCUGCUGGAGUCGGUGUGGAACAUGAACGAGAGCUGCAGGUUCCAACUGCGCUCGCCGGAGAGCCUCAAGAACAUGGAGAAGAGCACUAAGACCCAGGAGGCCAAGGCGGAGAGUAAGCCUGAGCUGGUGAAGACUGAGAUGGGCCCCCCUCCCUCCCCAGCCUCCACGUGCAGCGACGCCUCCUCCAUCGCCAGUAGCGCCUCCCUGCCUUACAAGCGGCGGCGCUCUACCCCGGCCCCUAAGGAAGAGGAGAAGGUGAACGAGGAGCAGUGGCCUCUGCGCGAGGUCGUGUUUGUGGAGGACGUGAAAAACGUCCCCGUGGGAAAGGUGCUAAAAGUCGAUGGUGCGUAUGUUGCUGUGAAAUUUCCAGGGACCUCGAGCAGCGUGAGCAGCCAGAGCGCAGCUCCCACUGACUCUGACCCCUCCUCACUGCUGCAAGACUGCAGGCUCCUCAGAAUAGAUGAGCUACAGGUUGUAAAAACUGGGGGAACUCCUAAAGUUCCUGAUUGCUUUCAGCGCACACCUAAAAAACUUUGUAUCCCAGAAAAGGCUGAAAUUCUAGCCGUGAAUGUUGACUCCAAAGGAGUCCAUGCCGUGUUGAAAACAGGCAGUUGGGUUAGGUACUGUAUCUUUGACUUGGCAAGUGGGAAAGCUGAGCAGGAGAAUCAUUUUCCUACCAGCAACCUGGCUUUUCUGGGUCAGAGCGAACGCAACGUGGCCAUCUUCACCGCAGGACAGGAAUCUCCAAUUAUCCUGCGCGAUGGCAAUGGCACAAUUUACCCCAUGGCCAAAGACUGUAUGGGUGGGAUAAGAGACCCUGAUUGGCUGGAUCUGCCGCCCAUCACCAGCUUAGGCAUGGGAGUGCAUUCUCUUGUCAAUCUCCCCAGCAACUCGACCAUCAAAAAGAAAGCUGCUGUCAUAAUCAUGGCGGUGGAGAAGCAGACCCUGAUGCAGCACGUGCUGCGCUGCGACUACGAGGCGUGCCGUCAGUACCUGGCGGGCCUGGAGCAGGCGGUGCUGCUGGAGCAGAACCCGCACGCGCUCGACGCCCUGCUGGGCCACCGCUGCGACGGCAACCGCAACGUGCUGCACGCCUGCGUCUCUGUCUGCUUCCCCGUCAGCAACAAGGAGACCAAGGAGGAGGAAGAAGCCGAGCGCUCGGAGAGGAACACGUUUGCGGAGCGGCUGUCGGCGGUGGAGGCCAUUGCUAACGCCAUCUCGGUGGUGUCCAGCAACAGCUCGGGCAACAGGACCGGCUCCUCCAGCAGCAGAGGCCUGCGACUUAGAGAGAUGAUGAGACGCUCCCUCAGAGCAGCAGGCCUUGGACGCCAUGAGUCUGGCCCCUCCUCCAGUGACCACCAGGAUCCCGUGUCCCCUCCCAUCGCACCCCCCAGCUGGGUGCCGGACCCCCCUCCCAUGGAUCCAGAUGGUGACAUUGAUUUCAUCUUGGCCCCUGCAGUGGGCUCCCUCACCACUGCUUCCACCGGCACCAGCCAGGGCCCCAGCACCUCCACCAUCCCCGGGCCGUCGUCUGAGCCCUCAGUGGUGGAGUCCAAAGACCGCAAGGCCAACGCUCACCUCAUCCUCAAGCUCAUGUGUGACAGCGUGGUGCUGCGGCCUCACUUGCGCCAGCUCCUCUCUGCCAAGGAUGCACGUGGAAUGACUCCGUUCAUGCUGGCAGUGAGCGGGAGAGCCUACCCAGCAGCCAUCACGGUCCUGGAAGCGGCGCAGAAAAUCGCUAAGGGGGAGUCUGGCAGUGGCGAGAAGGAGGACGCCGACUCACUGUUCAUGGAGAUGAUCUGCCCCUCGGGCACCAACCCGGAUGACUCGCCCCUCUACGUGCUUUGCUGCAACGACACCUGCAGUUUCACCUGGACCGGUGCCGAGCACAUCAAUCAGGACAUCUUUGAGUGCCGGACCUGCGGCCUGCUGGAAUCGUUGUGCUGCUGCACCGAAUGUGCCCGAGUCUGCCACAAGGGACAUGACUGCAAGCUGAAGAGGACCUCCCCCACUGCGUACUGCGACUGCUGGGAGAAAUGCAAGUGCAAGACGCUGAUAGCUGGGCAGAAGGCUGCUCGUCUGGACCUGCUCUACAGGCUCCUCACAACCACCAACCUGGUCACUACCCCCAACAGCAGGGGGGAGCACAUCCUGCUGUUCCUGGUGCAGACAGUUGCCAGGCAGAGUGUGGAACACUGCCAGUACCGGCCGCCCCGCAUCCGAGAAGACCGCAAUCGCAAAGCUGCCAGUGCAGAGGACUCGGACAUGCCGGACCAUGACCUGGAGCCACCACGCUUCGCCCAGCUGGCCCUGGAGCGCGUCCUGCAGGACUGGAACGCCCUCAAGUCCAUGAUCAUGUUUGGCUCCCAGGAGAACAAAGACCCGCUGAGUGCGAGCAGUAGGAUCGCCCACCUCCUCCCAGAGGAGCAGGUGUACCUGAACCAGCAGAGCGGCACCAUCCGGCUGGACUGCUUCACCCACUGCCUCAUCGUCAAGUGUGCCCCGGACAUCACAUUCAUCGACACGCUCCUGGGCACGCUGGUGAAGGAGCUGCAGAAUAAGUACACCCCUGGAAGGAGGGAGGAGGCGGUGACCGUCACCAGACGCUUCCUGCGGUCAGUGGCCCGUGUGUUUGUCAUCCUCAGCGUGGAGAUGGCCUCGUCAAAGAAGAAAAAUAACUUCAUCCCGCAGCCCAUAGGGAAGUGCCGGCGUGUGUUCCAGGCUCUGCUGCCGUACGCGGUGGAGGAGCUGUGCAACGUGGCCGAGUCGCUCAUCGUGCCCGUGCGCAUGGGCAUUGCCCGGCCCACCGCCCCCUUCACGCUGGCCAGCACCAGCAUCGACGCCGUGCAGGGCAGCGAAGAGCUCUUCUCCGUGGAGCCGCUGCCGCCCAGGCCCUCCCCUGACCAGUCCAGCAACUCCAGUCAGGCUGCCUCGUCCUACAUCAUCCGGACCCCACAACCCCACCGUAGCAGCCAAUCCCAGCCCGUCCGCGGGCGCGACGAGGAGCAGGACGACAUUGUGUCCGCUGACGUAGAGGAGGUGGAGGUAGUGGAGGGUGUUGCUGGAGAGGAGGAUCACCAUGAUGACCAGGAGGAGCAGGGGGAGGAGAACGCAGAGGCUGAGGGUCAGCACGACGAGCACGAUGAGGACGGAAGUGACAUGGAGUUGGAUCUCCUUGCUGCCGCGGAGACAGAGAGUGACAGCGAGAGUAACCACAGCAACCAGGACAAUGCUAGUGGACGGAGAAGUGUUGUCACGGCAGCAACUGCCGGAUCUGAAGCAGGUGCCAGCAGUGUCCCUGCCUUCUUUUCAGAGGACGACUCGCAGUCCAACGACUCGAGCGACUCGGACAGCAGCAGCAGCCAGAGCGACGACGUGGACCAGGAGACGUUCCUGGUGGACGAGCCGCUGGAGAGGACCACGGGCACGGCGCACGCCAACAGCGCCGCCCAGGCGCCACGCUCCAUGCAGUGGGCCGUCCGCACCACGCCCAGCCAGCGGGCAGCAGGGGGCGCCCCGUCCAGCACCUCCACUCCUGCAGCGAGCUCCACGGGCCUGAUCUACAUUGACCCGUCCAACCUGCGUCGCAGCAGUGCCAUCAGCAACAGUGCUGCGGUGGCCGCCGCCGCUCUGGAGGCCAGCAACUCCAGCAGCUACCUGACGUCCGCCAGCAGCCUGGCCCGCGCCUACAGCAUUGUCAUCCGCCAGAUCUCCGACCUCAUGGGCCUCAUCCCCAAGUACAACCACCUGGUCUACUCUCAGUAUCCUGCGGCCGUCAAGCUCACCUACCAGGACGCGGUCAACCUGCAGAACUAUGUGGAAGACAAGCUGAUCCCCACCUGGAACUGGAUGGUGUCCAUCAUGGACUCCACGGAGGCCCAGCUGCGCUACGGCUCAGCGCUGUCCUCCGCUGGGGACCCGGGUCACCCCAGCCACCCGCUGCACGCCUCUCAGCACGCCGGCCGCCGAGAGCGCAUGACCGCCCGCGAGGAGCCCAGCCUGCGCACGCUGGAGGGCCGCAGGCGCGCCGCCACACUGCUGACCGCUCGGCAGGGGAUGAUGUCGGCCCGCGGAGACUUCCUGAACUACGCGCUGUCGCUGAUGCGCUCGCACAACGACGAGCACUCGGACGUGCUGCCCGUGCUGGACGUGUGCUCACUCAAACACGUGGCCUACGUCUUCCAGGCCCUCAUCUACUGGAUCAAGGCCAUGAACCAGCAGACCACGCUGGACACGCCACAGAUGGACCGCAAAAGGAAUCGAGAAAUUCUGGAGCUUGGUUUGGACAAUGAGGACUCAGAACACGAGAACGAUGAGGACACCAAUCAGAGUUCCACACUGCAAGACAAGGAUGACGAGCCGGUUCCCGCAGAGACGGGACAGAACCACCCCUUCUUCCGCCGCUCGGACUCCAUGACCUUCCUGGGCUGCAUCCCGCCCAAUCCCUUUGAAGUGCCCUUGGCUGAAGCCAUCCCAUUGGCUGAUCAGCCCCACCUCUUACAGCCCAAUGCGAGGAAGGAGGACCUGUUUGGUCGACCAAGCCAGGGGCUGUACUCCUCCUCUUACAUGGCCAGCAAAGGUCUUGCUGACAUGUCGGUGGAUAGGAACUGCCUAGAGAUUCUACCCACUAAGAUGUCGUACUCGGCCAACAUGAAGAACGUGAUGAGCAUGGAGUCACGGCCCAGGGGUAGCGAGGACCAGGCCGCAGCGGAGCAGGAGAUGGACACCUCCAAGCCCGGCCCCUCUCCCGACCUGGCUGCCCAGCUCAAGAGCAGCCUGCUGGCUGAGAUCGGCCUGACCGAGAGUGACGGACCUCCCUUGCCCUCCUUCAGACCCCACUGUAGUUUUAUGGGAAUGGUGAUCUCUCAUGACAUGCUGCUGGGCCGCUGGCGGCUCUCUCUGGAGCUGUUUGGAAGAGUCUUCAUGGAGGAUGUGGGCGCUGAGCCAGGAUCGAUCCUGACAGAGCUGGGUGGCUUUGAGGUGAAGGAGUCCAAGUUCCGGCGGGAGAUGGAGAAGCUGCGUAACCUGCAGUCGCGGGACCUGGCGCUGGAGGUGGACCGCGACCGCGACCAGCUCAUCCAGCAGACCAUGCGGCAGCUCAACACACACUUCGGCCGCCGCUGCACCACCACGCCCAUGGCCGUGCACCGCGUCAAGGUCACCUUCAAGGACGAGCCGGGCGAGGGCAGCGGAGUGGCGCGCAGCUUCUACACGGCCAUCGCCCAGGCCUUCCUGUCCAACGAGAAGCUGCCCAACCUGGACUGCGUGCAGAGCGUCAGCAAGGGCAUGCAGGCUAGCAUUGCUGCAUUCGCUGACUUGGGCGUGAACAUAGGAGAACAAGAUUUGAAAGAUCUCAUGCAACGACUGAGGAACAGGGACCGGGAGAGGGAACGCAGGAGCGGGGGGCUGCGAGCUGGCUCCCGGCGGGACCGCGACCGGGACUCGAGAAGGCAGUUGUCCAUCGACACCCGGCCCUUCAGGCCUGCCUCUGAAGGAAACCCCAGCGACGAACCGGACCCACUUCCGGCACACAGACAGGCGCUGGGAGAACGGCUAUACCCCCGGGUACACGCCAUGCAACCGGCGUUUGCGAGUAAAAUCACAGGGAUGCUGCUGGAGCUGUCCCCCGCUCAGCUGCUGCUGCUCCUGGCCAGUGAGGACUCCCUGAGGGCCCGUGUGGAGGAGGCCAUGGAGCUCCUUAUCGCACAUGGAAGGGAAAACGGUGCCGACAGCAUAUUGGACCUCGGUGUCCUGGACACCCCUGAGAAAGCACAGCAGGAGAACAGGAAGAGGCACGGCUCUACCCGCAGCGUGGUGGACAUGGAGCUGGACGACCCCGAUGAUGGGGACGAUAACGCCCCUUUGUUCUACCAACCGGGCAAACGGGGCUUCUACUCCCCACGACCGGGCAAGAACACGGAGGCCAGACUCAACUGCUUCCGCAACAUUGGCAGAAUACUAGGGCUUUGUCUGCUGCAGAAUGAACUGUGCCCUAUCACUUUGAACAGACACGUCAUCAAAGUGCUGCUCGGGAGAAAGGUGAACUGGCAUGACUUUGCCUUCUUCGACCCAGUGAUGUAUGAGAGCUUGCGGCAGCUAAUCCUCCACUCCCAGGCUGGGGAGGCCGAGGCCGUGUUCUCAGCCAUGGACCUGGCCUUCGCCAUCGACCUCUGUAAAGAGGAGGGUGCUGGACAGGUGGAGCUCUUGUCUGGUGGGGUGAACAUGCCAGUGACCCCUUUGAAUGUUUAUGAGUAUGUUAGGAAGUAUGCAGAGCACAGAAUGUUGGUGGUUGCUGAACAGCCUCUGCAUGCAAUGAGAAAGGGUCUCCUAGAUGUGCUUCCCAAGAAUGCCCUGGAGGACCUCACAGCAGAGGACUUCCGGCUUCUGGUCAAUGGGUGUGGAGAGGUCAAUGUGCAGAUGCUUAUCAGCUUCACCUCAUUCAACGAUGAAUCGGGGGAAAAUGCUGAGAAACUUCUACAGUUCAAGCGCUGGUUUUGGUCCAUUGUUGAGAAGAUGAGUAUGACAGAAAGGCAGGAUCUGGUGUACUUCUGGACAUCCAGUCCAUCUCUGCCGGCUAGCGAGGAGGGCUUCCAGCCGAUGCCUUCCAUCACCAUCCGGCCUCCAGAUGACCAGCACCUGCCCACCGCCAACACCUGCAUCUCCCGCCUCUAUGUGCCACUCUACUCCUCCAAACAGAUUCUCAAACAGAAACUCUUAUUAGCCAUCAAGACCAAGAACUUCGGUUUUGUGUAGAGGUUGACGAAAAAACAUGUUUACUGUUGUGUAAUAUUACUAGUUCCAUUUUUGUAGAUUUAUUUUUUGUCUAUACAAUUUUAUGGAAUUUAAAGAAAUGCUGUCGCAUCCCUGGCGGUAAUUUUGAUCUGUUGUGAAAGCAGACGGCUUGUUUUAUUUUAUUUUCUGUUUUAUUUUAUUUUUUAUUUUUUUUCUGAAAUAAAUAUACAUUCCUGCAUUGGCUUUGUGAAGUUGAGCCCGCAGCUCUCAGUUCCAUUGGCUUGAACUGUAAUGUCCCAGGAAUCAUCUGUUCGACAUGAAACUGUCUGCCGAGCCCCAGCCAAAGAUGACAGCAGAAAAUAUUUAACAAAAAAAAUUUACACUGUGAUUAUGAAUUUUUUCUUCCCCUUCUGCCCAUGACAGAAAACUUACUAUCACUGAGAGAUCACAGCUGCCUUUGUGGAAAGUCAUUUUUUCUUGUAUAGGGGGAGUAGGGAAUUUCAGAAUAAACUUGGAUGCAACUA